AUGGGACGCCCAGCGCUGGGGGUUUCUUAUCUGGUGUGGCACCUGUGUGGAUUCUUAGGCGGCUAUCUCUCCAGCGAUCUGCUUCAGGGAUACCAGGUGCAGCGGGAGCUCAAGGAGACCACCGAGACUCUGGCCCGUGCUGCAUCGCAAGCGGCGGCUUCUCGCUGUAUUGACGCGCUGGAGCAGGUGUGUUGCAUAGAAGAUCAUAAACCACGCUCUGGGCAAAAGCGUCCUGCUGGGCCCAAGCCUUCGGCCUCAUCGGACUACGCUUGGGUGUGGGUUUUGGUCGCUACUUUGUGCAACUGGCUUAUCGGAGGGCUGGUUUCGCUGUGCUACUUCUGUUGUCGGCGAGUCCCAGCCGUGGUCGAGAUUGAAGAAGAAGAGGAGUCGCCUGGCUCCCCGGUGGAGCAACGAGCUUUGGCCCAGCAGCAAUUGGCUGCCUUGCGCCUGAGACGACAUGACAUUGGUCGAUCGACGGGUUCUGCUGACUACGCGGUGGUAACUCCGGACCGGGACAUCUUUGUAGAGACUCUCUCUCUGGCGAAUGAUGAUCUCAGGGGAUUGCGCCUUUUGCCCAUCGGAGGCGCUAUGCCGGUGGGGCUCCGUGGGGGAUCGGUGUAUCGAUUACCGGCCCUCACAGCGCUUGACAUUGCUGGCUUCAAGGCACAGGCGGCCCCUGUGGUCGCGGCAGAGCUCGCUUUGAGGAUCGGCGGGGCGGCUGCGCCAGCCGCUCCCGUCGCUGCGGCCGCUGGGGCUGAUGGCGGCGCCGGGGGUGUGGCUGCACCGGUUGGAGCCGCUGAUCCAGAAGACUUUUGCUGGGUGGCCGCGGAGGCGUCCGGGGGCUAUAAGUUCGGGGACAUUGUUCAAGGAGUCAAUGUGGCGGCUGCCGAUGGUGCUAAGGCUGUACACAUGACGGCUCCGGGGGCAAGUUUGUUCGUCGCAUGCAUUCGUGGUCGUGAUCGGGAUGCUUUCCUUCGGCGCCCGGGUGGAUGGGAUCUUCGUACAGUCGAGCGAGUUGCAGAAGAGCUUGGUCGUUCUGAGGCCCCUUUGAAGGACGUUGUUAGCCAGUGUUUGGAGUCUCCGGUGCAGUGGGGUUUGUCAGGGCCGCGGACUGCCAGGUGGUGCCUCCAAUACCUCAUUGUCGAGGGGCUGGGACUUGAGGCGCAUCAUGAGAGGGUCAGACAGCUCUGCAAGGUUGACUCUUCGGCUUGGGGGAUUCAGGAACAUUGGCAGCUCAGCAACGUGAUCAAGCAUGCGCUUCAAACCGACCAGCUCAAUGGAUGCAAUUUGCUUUCGCUUGAGGUCAUGUUCCGCCGGCUUCAGACGAUUGAAUAUGCUUAUAGUGAGAAGGCCAAGGACAGUGAGAGCCGUGCGGUUGGAGGGCGUCUCUCCCUGGAGGAGCAGCAGACCUUCGGGGGCACCACCCGACUUGCCUCUACACUCAUGGUUUGUCCGGAGCUUCUUGAGCACGUGAAGGCCGAGGUGGAACGGGAUGCUUCUUUGGCAAAGAACCUCCGUAAAGCUCGCGAAGAGCGUGAACUUGCCCGCCGAAACGCCAAGAAGGGCGGCAAGGCGGGCGAUGACGGCCACCUGCUUGAUCCACCCCCUUUGCAUGAUUUGCGGCGAAAACCUCGUGAUCUGUUCCCUUUGCCCUUUCUUCAAGAAUGUGGCCCUCCUUCGCGAGAUGUUGGUCGAAAGUGUCAGCGUCGAGCCCUUCGGAGAGGUCAUUUGGUGAAGGAGGCGAACUUGACUAUCGCUGCUCUUAAUUCAAUGUACCAGGCCCCUGCCGAGAAGGACAGCUACUUGCGGGGGUACACUUUUGAUGGGGCCUCUGAAGCUCAGCGGGAGGUCCAGGCUUUUGUCUAUGACGCCGUUGUUAACAUGGGCCAACCACCGGCCCUUUCUCACACAGGGGCGCUUCGGCUGCUCCGUGCGGCGGGCGGGUACACAGACGACCAGGCUGUGGGCACCGUCGCCGGCUAUGAUCCCGAGAAGGUCUCACUUCCAGAAGCAGGGUGGCAACCUAUUCCUCUUUCUGAUUUGUGGGGCCCAACCGGGCGGGAACGAGUUCAUGACUUCGUUCGGCAUCAGCUUCUGCCUCCGGAUGAGGCGCAGGAGCAGGUUGCAAAGCUUGGGCUGAAAAAGCUCUACAUGGAUCCUCGGCUGAAGGAUCGCAGGGUUUACACACGUUUUCUUCAGCGCAUGCAGGCGUCGCACCUCGUGGAUUUCUCUCUGAAAAAGCCCUGCGAGGAGGUCGCCGUCUUCUUCGUGACGAAGAAGGGAGACAGACUUCGAUUCAUAAUAGACGCUCGGAGAUCUAACGCUCACUUCCGUCCCCCUCAGUCUGUCAGCCUGAGCACUGCCGAGAGUUUAGGGUCGCUUGAGCUCGAGGGUGGCAAGGACUUAGUGGUUUGUCAGGCGGAUUUGAAGGAUGCUUUUUACCACCUCGAGCUCCCCUUCCAGCUUCGUGAUUACUUUGGACUUCCGGGCGCCCGUGCAAAGGACCUCGGCAUCACCACCGUCGGCGGGGUCAGGAUCGAUCAGGACACCAUCGUUUACCCUCGCCUUUCAGUGGUGCCGAUGGGUUGGAGCCAUGCCCUUUACUUGUGCCAAAGCAUUCACGAGUCCCUCGUUGAGCAGGCCGGCCUCGGUGACAGCAAUCGGCUGCGUGAUCGGCGUCGGGCACCCAACAGCCACUGCGCUCACACUCAGUACGUUGACAACCUUAUCGUGAAAAGUCGGUUUUCUGCAGCGGUUCAGUCCUUGAAGAGUGCCGGGCUCCAAGUACAUGAGGAGGAGACCUCAACAGGGGAUAGCACCGUGCUGGGCUGGGAGUACACCGCGGGUGGCCUUUUCAGGCCCACUCGAAAACGGGCGUGGAAAGCCCGGUGUGCCAUCAGAGAGCUUCUUCGACGAGGCAGGGCUCGUGGGGAAGUGGUUGAACGACUGCUCGGCCACCUCACGUUCCUCAGUCUCUGCCGUCGGGAGGCUUUGUCGGUGUUUGGUGAGAUUUACAAGUUUGUCAAGGUGCAUCGUCGAUGCCCAGAGGAGGUUGUGAUCCCUAAGAGCGUCUUGCAGGAGCUUCGCAACUGGGAUGGGAUCCUGCCCUUGCUCUUCAAGGACCUCCGUUGCGAGUGGGCGGAAGGCCUGUCAGCUGUUGAUGCGUCCGAGUUCGGGCUCGGCAUGACACGGGCCGAGUGCUCGGCGCAGGAUGUGAAGAGACUGGGUGGGGUCGCUGAACGGUGGCGCUUCAAGGAGGCACUGCCCAACCCUCGGGCGGCGGCUUUCAGCACAGUGACUAGCCAAUGCGAGGUGAUGCCGCCCUUCGCCUUUGACGAGGACGAGGAAGAGGAUCGCCUUCACCAUCGGCGUGAUGAUCCCCAGUUUUCUCCUGUGCCCUUUGAGGAUAUCGAUCGGGCUUGGACGACGACUGGGAUGCAUCGAUGGAGACGGCCUCUCACUCUUCCUGUCGCUGAGGCCCGGGUUGCUUCACUUGCCCUUUGCACCGGCUCUCAGUUCUUCCUGAGGUGGAUCCCCUCUGAGAUGACAAGCUCCUCGGCCAUGCUCCUGCGGGGGCUCCUGGGCAACAGUGCUCUCACCGUGGCCGAUGGCAGCGUGGCCAAGAAAAGGAAACGGGCCUCCCUCCAGCUGGAGACGAUCCACAGAAAACUGAAGAAGGAAAGGCGCAGGGCAGCGAGGCAAAGCAUGAAUCGGUACAAGAGACAUUGGGAGGAGAUGGAGCCCAUGAUGCUGGAUGGACGCGGGCGUCUGCGGCCCCUCGAUCAAGCCUUGGCCGAACACCUGGAGGAUCUUUACCGGGACGGGGAGGAUUUGGCCACGGCGCGGUAUGCUGUGGCAGCGGCGCUCUUCUUCAGACCGGAGCUCCGGUCGCCGGCAAUGACUCACCUUCCGAAGGUGAAACAGAGCCUGGCUGGGUGGAGCAAGUUGUGCCCUCCCAGGAGUCGCUUGCCCAUACCGUACGCAGUGGUGGCCUUGCUAGCGCUGCAUGCAUUGAGCUUGGGCCUUCUGGAAAUCGCAAUCUACCUGCUCCUGACUUUUUCUCUGUACAUGCGGCCGAGCGAGGGGCUCCGCCUCCGAAAGAAGGACGUAGUGAGGCCCAGCUCACGACAGGCUGGGUUUCAACACUGGUCGGUGGUGCUCCAUCCCUUGGAAGUCGGCGUGACGCAGGAGUUCGACGAGUGCCUGCAGUUGGAUCUGCCCUACCACCAGCCGUUGGGACCGGCCACUUACAAAUUACUGCGGCUACAUCAGAAGCGAGGGGAGGAGCACAUCUUCACCAUCACGCUGGAGAAUGUCACCCAGUUCCUCGAGCGGGCUCAGAUCGAACUCGAACUCAAGGGUCUGGGGGAGCUGCAACCAUAUCGUUUGAGGCACGGUGGUGCCAGUCACGACUUCGUCAGCAAGCUGAGGGACCUGGCUUCCAUUCAGAUGCGGGGAAGGUGGAGAUCUCAGAGCUCAGUGCGACGAUACCAAAAAGGAGGCCGGCUGACUCAGCUGAUGCAGACGUUGCCGCCGCAUGUCAAGAGGGCCGCCGAAAGCGCCGUUCGAAAGCUUCCGGCGGCACUUGCUGGCCUGCCUUGA